AUGACCUCCUUUGCCUUUAAUACCAUGAUUGGCCAGACCACCUCGGUCGCUCUCGAUGACGAGCACGGCAUUGGCUGGAGGUGGUAUAUUCUCUUCAUCGUCUGCAACUUCACCAACGCCAUCUUCUUCUGGGCCUUCCUCCCCGAAACCGCCAAGCGCCCCCUCGAGGAGAUGAGGUACCUCUUCACCGAGGCUCCCAUCUUCGUCCCCACCAUGGACAUGGAACAGUUCGCCACCAACGAGCUCGAGCGCAGGGUCGUCGAGGUCGAGACCAAGCAGGAGCAGAUGGCCGGCGUCGCCCAGCACGAGGCUUAA